AUGGACGAUGAUGCUUCGAAACCAAACUGCCUUAGUGAUUCUAUUGUUGACGACAUGCUUUCUCAACCACUCAAAUCAGAACCAUUGGUUGAGCCAGAUAUGGAUACUUACUCGGACGCUGAUGGAAGCAGUGGACAUACUACCAUCGCCACUGGUGGGAUCACAUCCAAUGAAGCUGCUGCUGGUAAUGCCCAACAAUCUUCUGUCUGCAUGGCAAUUGCUGAGGCUAUCUGCUCUGGAGCCAACGGAAGAGAGUCUGAAUCUCGUGGCCUGCCAGGUGGAAGUGGGUCAUUUUUGUUCGAAUUGAUGUUUUAA